AUGCCGACAUCAUGCAUCGAUCUCGAACAAACGACAGCUGCUCUUGAGUGGCAGUGGGAGGGCUCGGAGCGUUCCCUUGCUGUCCCGGACCCGAGCAACACUGCGAUACGGUUCACAACACGACUUGAUACCGAAACCAGCAAUCGCGCCGUAUUCGAAGUCAUGGUCCCCAUCAAGUUCAAAGAUCAAGGCAGCGCUUCGGCCAUCUACCUCCGCAUUAGCCCGUUAUUCAUCUCUUCCUUCGACUUCUCGACCCAAACAAACCCUUCGGACGCCCUGAAAAAGACGUUCAACUGCUCGACAACAUGCCUCAGCUUCCAACUCGAUAAGCCAAUCGCUGUGCUCGUCCCUAACUAUGUUACGGAACCUGUCACUGCAGCCCGGGUGCGCUCAGGCAAGAUUCUCGACUCUUUGCGUGAGCUAUCCCAGGUCAAGGCUCUGCGCAUCUACAUCCGCGACGCUCUAUUGUCUCUCGAUCAGCUCGUUUCCAUACGCGAUUGCAUAUCACAACACAAGCUCGAACCCUUCUCCGGUCCCGACUAUGACAUCUCCCGUAUGUACAGUGGCGGCGGCGCGAAAGCUACAGUUCUUGCUCCGCCUGUACCGCCUUCAUAUGAGAAAGCUGCAAGCCUCGCACCGCCAGUCCCUCCUCCAUACGAACGUAAGCGGUCUCGACAGGACAGCGACCCGCCUCCAAAUAACUUGAGUGUAAUAUGGAACAAGCUACGGAAGCUGGAGUCGAUGAUGGCCGGGGCUCAAGAGCCAACUGAAAUUGAGAAGCCCCAACUGGAGCUUCCAGACCAAGUUGAGAAGGCGCCGCCCAUGCACCAGGCAGACUUAACCCAGAAGCUCAGCGCUGAGAACGCGCAGCUUCGGGAUCAGGUCAGGCGGCUGGAGAAUAAAAUGUUAGCAUUGGAAGAGAAGUACGAAAGCUUGGAGAAGAAACAUGAAAGUUUAGAGAAGGAGCAUGAAAGCCUGGAGCGAGACAUGCUAGUAUUACAAGAGACACAGAAUAAUGCGAAUGAACAAGAGGAUACAACAAUAAUAGCUAUGCAGGACGAUAUCAAGGCCCUGGGCGACCGAACGGAUUAUAUUGAGCGUGGGAAAGAUGACGAAGACUUUGCGAAGAAGAUAAAAGAAGACAUUUUCCACGAGUUAGCAGCUCGUGUUGUUUGUGGCUAG